ACCCAGGCGCUUCCUGCCCCUGUGGGGAGCACCACAGAGAGCGGAGGCGAUGGGGCCCUGGGGCUGCCUGGGCCUGGCCAGGGGCUUCCUCUUCCUCUUCAACAGCGCGGCCGUGCUUUUAGGGUCCCUCCUCGUGGCCUUUGGCCUCUGGGCCCUCCUUGACCGAUGGAGCCUGAGCUGGGUGCUGGGGUCUCCGUUGCUGGCGCUCAGGGGCGGGGCCUGGCUCUGGUUGGGGGUCGGAGGCGGAGCCGCGGCCUUGGGGGCCCUGGGGGGCAUCGGGGCCCUGCGGGGGGGCAGGGUCCUGCUGGGGCUGUACUUCGGGUCCCUGCUGCUGCUCUUCACGGCGCAGAUCACGGUGGGGGUCAUUGUCUAUACCCAGCGCAUCGAGGUGUUCUCCAAGAUGGCGGCGCACGCGCGGGACCUGAUCCAGGGGUACCCGGCCCAGGGCCCCCGGGAGCCCCACGAGGACUGGGACCUCGUCCAGCAACAGCUCCGUUGCUGUGGCUGGGCUGGACCCCAGGACUGGAGCCCCCCCGGGGCCGUGGCCUGCUCCUGCCUCGCCCCCAACAGCACCCAAGGGACCCCCCCGCGCCCGCCCCACGGCCGCUGCCCCACGGCGGCACCGCAGGAGCUGUUCCCUAUGGGCUGCGCUGAGGGCGCCCGGCUGUGGCUGACCCAGAACCUGCUCUCGGUGCUCGGGGGCGGCCUCGGCUGCGGCCUCGUGGAGCUGCUGCUGUUGCUGCUCUCGAUGUUCCUCAUCCGGAACCUGGACCCGGACGAGCCCCGGAUGGAGCCGUGAGGGGGGCGGGA